AUGAAUUUUUCUAUUAACACCGAAAUAAGCUCCUCUUAAUCAACUAAUAGGGAGGAACACACUAUUGUAAAAGAAAUUGAUAGCUUUGACAGAGAGAGAGUCAGGAUUGAAAAAAUAAAAAUUCAAAUCAAGUUCACAUCAGAUUAAAAAAUCAUCUAUUAAUAAAAUGGAGAGAUCUUGAGGCAGUACAUUUUAUUUAUAGCUUAAUUAUAGAGUAGAAUGCAAAGAUGUUCAUGAGAAACCAGAGUUGUUUAAUAAUAUGGAUUAAAUCGGCAAUCUUUAUUGGUAAGGUUAGUAUGGUAAAAACAAAAAGAAGGAAGGUAUAUGGAUAGCCUUUUGGAAUAAAAAACUUCUAAAUAAUGUUGGCGGAUACUAUAAAGAAGGGUAAAAAUAAGGAUUAUGGAAUGAUCUCUUUCUAAAUUAUAUGAAGUAUUUUAUUGAAAAUUGAAAUUUAUGAAGUUAGGUAUAGAUUUUUGAAACUGGAGAAUAUUAUAAUGGUCUUAGAAUUGGAAAAUGGAAUUAUAUUUAUUAUUGUUAGAUAGAUUUAAUUAUAAAAUUGUUUGUUGGUGGUGGUUUAUACAAUGAUAAUGGUGAAAAGUAAGGCAAAUGGAUUGAGCUAGAUGAAGGAUUUUAUGAUGACAAAAAAAUCACUUAUUGUGGAGAGUAUAAUAAGAAUGGCAAAAAGGUAGGUAUAUGGGAUAUUAUGUACAGUUAAAGAAUUGAGAAAGUAUCAUAUAAGCACAUUUUAAAAAAUUAUAAAGGGAAGUACAAGUAAAUAUAUUGUGGUGGUGGAUCAUAUGACUAAGAAGGAAAUUAGAUAAAGAAUGGAAAGUGGGUAGAAUUGGAUGAAAAGUUUUCUUAUUCUUCUUAAAUCACUUAUUAUGGUUAAUAUGAUAUUUACGGAAGAAAAACAGGGAAAUGGGAUAUUAUGUAUUGUGGAUUAGAUUAAAUGAAAUACAGUUAAAUGUAAAUAGUUUUUAAGUAACAAGCGGGUGAUGUAAAAAUUUAUAGUGGUGGCGGCUCAUAUGAUUAAAAAGGAAAUUAGAAAAAGAUAGGAUAGUGGGUAGAAUUGAUUUAAGAGUUUGAUUAUUGGAAAUAGAUCACUUAUUAUGGUGAAUAUAAUAUCAAUGGUAUGAAGGUAGGUAGAUGGAAUACUAUGUAUUGUAAAUAUGAUAAGAAAGAAUAAAAAUAAAUGUAAAUAUAAAUAAGAAUAUUUUCAUUAGUGGUGGUGGAUUGUAUGAUGAAGAAGGAAAUUAGAAAAAGAUUGGAAAGUGGGUAGAAUUGGAUGAAGGGUUUUCUUCAAAAAAAGAAGUCACUUAUAAUGGAAAAUAUAAUAUAAAUGGUAUGAAGGUUGGU